UUCCCUCCAACCCCAAAAAAGAUCUGAAGAAAAAACAUAUCACCUGAGGAGAAGCCAUUAAUAGUUUGGUACAGUACAGAGAAUAAGAGUGAGAGGCUAGUGAGUAGAGAGAGAAAGAGAGAGUUAGAGAGAGAGAGGGAGAAGAAAUGAGGUUCAGCAACAGCUUGAUCGGACUAAUAAACUUCUUGACCUUCCUGUUAUCGAUCCCAAUACUUGGUGGAGGGAUAUGGCUGAGCAGCAAAGCCAACACCACCGAUUGUAUGAGGUUCCUCCAAUGGCCUCUCAUAAUCAUCGGCGUUUCUCUCAUGGUGGUGUCACUGGCUGGCUUCGCCGGCGCCUGCUACCGUAACACCUACCUUCUCCGCCUCUACCUUUUUGCCAUGUUCUUCAUCAUCGCGACUCUUAUUGGUUUCAUCAUCUUCGCUUACUCCGUUACCGAUAAGGGUUCCGGCCGAUCAGUGUUGAACAGAGGAUACCUGGAUUACUACCUUUCUGACUACUCCGGUUGGCUUAAGGACAGGGUUGAUCAAGAUAGCUACUGGUCUAAGAUCAGCUCAUGUAUUAGGGAUUCCCAUGUCUGUGCUAACAUGGGUUUGGAGAUUGGUGGGGUUCCUGAGACUGCUGAUAUGUUCUAUUACAGAAAGCUCACUCCUAUCCAAUCUGGUUGUUGCAAGCCACCUACAGAGUGUGGGUACGUGUACGUGAACGAGACGGUGUGGAACCAAGGAGGUGGAUUGGUAGAUAAUGACCCGGAUUGCUUGAGGUGGAGCAAUGACCAGACCCAGCUCUGCUACUACUGUGAUUCUUGCAAAGCAGGGGUUCUGGCCACCCUCAAGAAGAGCUGGAGGAAAGUUUCUGUCAUCAAUAUUGUGGUUCUCAUCCUCCUUGUCAUAUUCUAUGUCCUUGCGUAUGCUGCCUACAGGAACAACAAGAGGAUGGAUAAUGAUGAAGCUUACGGGUCAGCCCGUAUGACAAAGGCCCAACCCAGCAUGAUCCACUUCUAAAGAACCCCUUUUUUUUUUUUUUUUUAAUGGGUCUUGGAGAAUUAUGAAUGAACUUAUUUGGUUGUUUGUAAUUGUAUUCAGGAAGGCUAUAUGUUCUUUCAA